UUUGCCCUUUGCUUAAGCAAUAAAACGGGGACGGCUGAUCCAGCCAGAGCUGCGCUUUGGAAGAAGCGAGACGCUGGACGCCCUCAAUCCCUCCUUCCUCUCCCGAUGGCUCGAGGAAGUUUUGCCUUUUUUUGACCCUCGGGCGUAGUCUUGUGGCCGAAGAAAACGCCCCGAUUUAUCUUCUACACAUCCGAUCGCCGGCGAAGCUGCCGCAUCCGAAGCCCUCAUCACUGACUCCUCCUCAUGGACGAGGUGCCGCCGUCUCCCUCGUCACUGCCGCAGGCCGCCGCGAUCUCCUCACCGGAGCCCUCCAAUCGAUCCCCUCAGAAGACUCUGCCGGAGGACGUGUCUCCUGAGUCUUCGGAUGCCGCCCGAGGUAAGAAGCACGCCUGGAAGCGGCCCUCCAAUGGGUCGACGGAGGCGGGUGCCGACGUCAUCGGAGGGGCUGCAUCCUGGCCUGCUCUCUCUGAGUCCGCCAAGGCUUCCCCCAAGUCGUCCUCGUCAGAUGCCCUAAAAUCCCUUUCUAUUGCUCCACCCUCUUCGCCCACGAGCCCUGCGAUUUCCACUUCUUCGCCAAAACCGAACUCGAAUCCGUCUCUAUCCCGGAACCAUUCGAUGCCUUCUCGUCAGAAGUCAUUUAAACGUGGCAACGGCAGCGGCAAUAGUAGCGGCGGUGCAGCUGCUGGUGGUGGAAUCGUACCGUCUUCACUACCACCUUCUUCUUCGUCACCUACGGCGAAUUCUGAGAAGCUUGCAUCACAACAAGUCUCACCUCAAGACCAAAUUGUCAAAAAGCCCACAAAUUGGCACCGUAGUUAUACUACGGGCAGGUCGGGAUCACAGACCUAUGAUGGUGGCGACCAUAGAAGCUAUGGAGGCCACCGGAGGUGGAACAAUGGUGGCGGUGCUAGUUCGUACCAUAACUAUGGCAACCACCGUGAUGGGGAGCGCGGUGGCCAGGAUGGGUAUCGUAGGAAUCCAGGUGGAAGAGAAGUCCGCAUGCAACCACGGAAUGCUCAACCAUACCUAAGGCCAGCUACAACUGUUGCACCUCCAUUCCUCAGCCCUCCUCAGGAUGGUCCUUACGGCACUCCAAUUGUCUUCCCUGAUGGACCUUCUCCUGUCUUUUACAUUGCCACCCAGCCACCUCAUGGAGCUCUGCCAUUCGUUACUCAUCCAGCACUGCCUCCUCAUAUGUUUAUUCCAACUAUUGAUCCACAACGUGCUAAUUUGUUGAAGCAGAUAGAUUAUUAUUUCAGUGCAGAAAACUUGUGUAGAGAUGUUUUUUUGAGGCAGAACAUGGAUCAACAAGGAUGGGUCCCAAUAUCCUUAAUCGCUGGUUUUAAUAGAGUCAAGAAAUUAACUAACAGCGUAGAAUUCAUUUUGGAUACACUGCAAUUGUCGACUGUAGUAGAAAUGCAGGGUGACAAAAUAAGGAAGCGUCAUGAUUGGAUGAAUUGGAUUUUGCCACCAAGUGAGUCCCAGUUUGGUAAUGCUGAUAGUCAAUCUUCAGCAUUGCCAAACAUUGAUAAUCUUGCAGCCCGUUACCAGAACAGCAUGAGGAUCUCAAAUCGUAGUGAGAUUUUAUUUAGCAGAUCUGCAUCGGGGAAUUUGAAUAAUCAGAUACUAGUGACAGCAAAUCAUAACUGGGAUGAGAAUGGACAAGUCCUUCCUCUCACAGAUUCAGAUCAGAUCGCAUCUGGACGAAGCCUACUGAGGAACGACACAUUUUGAAGUACACUCUUCGUUCAAACAAUGAGUAUGGUUUGCCGUGCCAGGACUUUUAUGACUGAAAAAUAAGAAAAAUUCCAUAGAACAAGGAAUUUGAAUAGCAAAAGUAAACAAGAUACGAGCAAUACAAGCUAUAAUUAUGAGGUUCUUUGGUGAACAGGUGUUGCCACUGCUGGCGGUCUUUGGUCAUUAGCACAUUCUUAAGUUUCCUCGUUCUAUUUUUUUUUUUUUUUUUUUGGGUUCAAACCAUUCAUCUUUUACUUUUUAAGGGCCUGAAUUGGUUUCAGUUGUGUUCCGAGGGGAUGGAACCGGUCGCUCCAAACUAGACUUUCAGUUUAAUAUUUCAUCUCUGUCUAUACUCUUUCAUCACGUAGAAACAUGCUGCAUAUUAUGUUUCUUCUUCUUUUAUUAUUAUUAUUAUUAUUUUAUUUA